UGCUGCCAGUGAACGGAGGAGGAGGAGGAGGAGGAGGAGGAGGAUCCUGUCCGCCGGCAGCAGCGCACCGAGCUCCUCUCCAUCCCAUGCGUCUGGAAGAAGAAAAAAUGGGCUCGGAUCCAGACAUGUGCUGCUAGAAUAGACCUCUGUGUAGCUUUCUUUUCUUUUGAAUAACCGUGUCUGGUUAGAAAAAGACAGAGGUGGGAUUUCAUUCCUCACUCUUUUCCUGAAAAUGCUUCCAUGCUCAUCAUCCGCGCAGAUGGAGGAGAGGGACGCGCACAUGCAAACAGAGUGCAACAGACUGACGGAGGAGAGAGACGAGGCCGAGAGACAACUCAAACACAUCAAGAGAGUGUCUCAGAUGGUGAUUGAGGAGGUGAGCGUUCUGCAGACUCAGCUGGAGAUUGAGAAGUCGUGCCGGGAGAAUGCAGAGGCCCUGGCCACAAAGCUGAACUGUGAGAACAGGAAGUUGAAGUACCUGAGCCUGUCGUCUCGUCCAUGUUUGGACGAGCUGCUUCCCAGCAUCUCAGACUGCAUCGCACUGGAGGCUGACUCAGAUGCAGACACAGCAGACGGAAGCCCCGACACCUUCACGCAGUACCAGCAACAGGUUAAAGAGUUGAGGGAGACAGUAAACAGCUUAUUGGAGGAGAAGAAGAAUUUCGUCUGUCAGAUUCAUGAACAGCAGAGACGAAUAGAAGAGCUGACUUCACAGUCAGAGAAAGAUCAGGCUGAGAUGAAGGAGCUUCGUGAAACUGUUGAGCAACAAAGCAAAACCAUCAAGAGAUUUAACAGAGUGUCCAUGAUGGCGGCUCAGGAGUACGAUGGGAUGAAGGAGCAGCUCGACUUGGAGCAGAGCCUAAGAGUCAAAGCUGAGACUUACGCACAUGAGAUGCUGGUGAAGCAGAAGGAGGCCAACAGGCAGAGCAUGCUCCUGCUGCAGAGUGCUGAGCCCAGUGUUCAGCUCCUGAAAGCUCUGGAGGACGUCGCUUCCAUCACCAAGACCCUGGAGGAGGAGCGUCUGCAGCAUCAGCAGAAGGUGGAGAGCCUGGAGGCCCAGCUGGAGCAGAGCUGUGUGAAGAAGCAGCUGGAGGCUCUGCAGAGGCAGCUGGAGCUGCUGGAGGUGGAGAAGAAGGAGGUGGACGGACGACUGGAGAAGGCAGAGAAGAAGAAUGAGGAGCUGGAGAACAGAGUCCACGAGCUCCAGGAGGAGACCCAGAAAAAUAUUGCCAUGACGACCAGCACGGGACCCCCUCCCCCUGAACCUGGGGUUGCCCCGCCCCCCGCCCCUCCCCCGCAGCCGCCUCCUCCACCUCCUCCUCCUCCUCCACCCCCUCCUCCACCUCCCCCCUCGAGAUGCAACCCCCUCAGCUCUCUGAUUGCCAUCAUGAGGAAGUCUUCAAAAGGCUCUAAAGCCUCUGUGAAGGCAGAGCAGCCUCCAGCUGCUGAGGGCGUGGACGACGUGAAGGUGAAGGCGGUGAAUGAAAUGAUGGAAAGGAUCAAACAUGGCGUCGUCCUGCGGCCUGUCAAGAGUCAGGAGAGCAAGAGAGUAGCAGUAAAACCGCCUCCAGUCUGUGAGGAGAAACAGCAGGAGAGCGCCAUGGAGGAACUGAAAGGCAUCCUGGAGACGGUGAAGCGGAGCCCCAGCCGAGGCUCUCAGGAGUCGGGCCCGUUGCCACCUGGGAAGAAGGACAGCGAGCUGGAGGUCAUCCUGAGACGCCGCCGCAACAAGGCGGGAGAAGCUGGCUCUGGAGAUGAGCGGGAGGGCCAGAUGAGCCACGUCUCCUCCUCAGACAGCCUGAACGGGAGGUGCACCAGCAGCGACUCGGGCAAGGAUCCAGAGGGGCCGGGGGGGCUGAGCGUCCCCUCCGACUCUGCGGGUCCCAGGGUUAGCCCAGAGAGACGGGGGUCAGGACCGGGGCACGUCGUGGCCAGGAGGAAGAGCUCCGAUACAGGCAAAGAGCCCAGAGUGGGUUCCUGGCAGGAGAGGAGGUCCUGCGGCUCUCUGUCUGAGAAAGAAACAUCAGAGUCUCCGGUCAGCAACGGCUGCAUCAACAGUGUGGGGGAGGAGGAUCAAAAUGCAACCGAGAAGUGUGUCCAGUCAAAUGGAGUCGAACACGUCGGACCCGGUGAGGACGCACACGCCACCGUCUGCGCCGGCCCGGUCAACGGCAGCACCGACGCUGAGUGCUAGGAUGGCCUCUGAGGAUCCCGGGCUUGUUUCUGUAAUCUGAUCCAUGCAUUUACUGGCUGAUGUGAGAGUGAUGCCAUUGAUAUUCACGCUCAGGUUGAGGGUGCGAUCACACAUUGGCCUUUUUGUUCAUUGGGUCACUACCAGAAGACCUUUCAGAUUUACACCAACCAUUUAAAAACCAACCAGUCUGUGAAGAAAAGUCACAUGACUAACAUGUAGCAAAUUUCUUGAACAGAGUUUUGGUCCAUUUUCUGCAGCCUUUUCAGCACUCUAACACAUGUCGAAAAAGCUGAAUGAGUGCAGAGUUUAACUCAUUGUCAUUGUCAUUGUUCUCACAUGGACAAAUGAGCUAAACUGAAGUUGGAAAUGCUGCAGAUAAACUGUUCAGAACAUGCUUGGUGUUAACGCACCCUAACCUGCCCAGCCGUUGUAGAAGCCCUACCUCCUCAAACAAACUGUAUCUUUCCCUCAUGUCUCACAGUACUGUGGGUGAUUCGUGUUGGCCAACAAAGGAGAUUUUUUAUAAAGAGACAAUGUGGUCAACUCAAAGUAGAAAUACUCUUUGUUGGGAUGGUAUGUCUUAAAAAACUGAAGGAGAACCUGCACUAAGAUUAAAAAAAAAAAGUCAGAGGACAGGCGAGAUGAAUAAAAAGUUGUUGUGGGAUUAUUUCUGGGGGAGGAAAUAAGAAAACACAAAAGCUUCAAAAAAGGUUUUCAUACUUUUUUGUAAUCAUUGCUUUUUUCUUACUGUAUAGCUUCAUACCUUCAGGCGUCUGAAAGUAAUUCAAAUGAAACAGUGGACAGGGUGAAUAUGACUCCAACUGAACUUCAUGUGACGUGUGAUGUAUUAAGGGGUUAAAAAAAACUAAAGGUUGAGAACUACUGAUUUAAUGCAACAUGUCCAACAUUGACAUUUUGAAUGCUUCAAGAAUUUAAUGCGAAAAAAGUCCAAAACAGAUGUGUAGCUUGAAGGCUUUUACUUUUACUUGUCCCAGUUUUCCUUUAGUUUUGAGUUUUGUAAUCUCCAAUGACCGGGCAGUUAUUGACCAGUGCAUAAAAAUGAAGUGAUCAGAAAACAGUUUGCAUUAGAAAAUGUAUCAUUAAAACCUAAACUGACGAUUCCAGUACGCAGUGCAGCUGAACGUUUUCACAGCUCUGUAAAAUUGCAUGUAAAAAAGGCUAAAACCACCCUGAAUAAUCAGUCACAUAAACAAAAACCAUGGCGACGGUGCAGACAGUGUGGGGCUUUCUACAAUGGCUGAUAUUCUACGUUGUUAUUCAGUAACCAGAGCAUGUGUCAGUCUGCUGCACAUCAGUUCUUUUCUUUGAAGGUUUUCGGAAAUCAAACCUGUGGAUCCUGGAGGACAGACUGACUGAACUGUACGAGGGAAGCUGCACUUUUUUGCACAGAACCUCAGUUUUCUUCAAACACUUCAACUUGUACAAUGACUGCAAAGCUUUAGGUUGAUGUUUUUCUCUAUUUGAUGCACAAAGUUCAAUAUGUUCAAUAUCGCUUUGUGUCAUCAGAAGGAAUGCACUGUACUGUGUUGAAUCCAGCUCUCCAACUUCCUCUGCUUCUCCUCCAACCCCCCUCUUUACUCCCAGUUGUAGUGGGGGGUGCACAAUUGAUUAAUAUAUAAUAAUACGUUGCUAUUAGCUUCAUCAGUGGCAAUAUUGAAACAUAUUUAAGGUUUUUAGUUAAAAUGCAAAUAGCGUGUUGAAACACGCUUUUCCUUCAACCACUGAGGCAGAUAUUCAUGAUUGGGGCUUGGAACAAAAACAGUUUUGAGAACUGCUAAAUUGAAACAAACAAGUCGAUAAAUACUUGAAUUUUUUUUUGUCAUUGGUUCAUUUUAAAGCAUACGUGGGUUCCACCCUGUUAUUGUAGUAUUUGGAUUAAUACUCAUGUGGGAAAUAUGUUAAUGCAGAAAAAAACCUGAAGACUAAAUCCUAAACACAUGCUAGGAUCAUUAUAGAUUCUGCAAUGUUCUUACACCCAGCGUUACCAAACAUACCGAUGACUUAGCUAUUCUUAGAGCCUUAAAAAUGUAAAGUUUAUCCUGAAGGUGGCGCUAGAGCCAUCCUCUGUAGAGCAGGUAUUUAAUUGGCGAAUUUCAAGGCAAUAUGCCGAUUAGAUUUGAAUAUUUAGCCUGAUUUGGUUAGAGAAAAGGCCAGGAGGUCACCAAAACCAUUAGUUUGGGGAUCAUGAACAGGCACAACAAAUUUCCUAAUCAUUUUGAUCAUUUUGCUCUGGAUCAAAGUCUUGCACGAACUUACUGGCUGACUCCGCCAUCACUACCCUUAGGCCUAAUCGCCAGCGGGACAAAAACACACAACAAACUAUUUUCUCAGCGCAGUCAAUAAUUGUUGUUAUAUUAAUGUGGUCCCAGCCCUAAUUGUGAUUAUUAUUAGAUUGACAAAAAAAUCAGAAGUUCCACUUAACUUGGCUUUCCGAGCAAACUGCAUCCACUGAAGAAGGCCAAGAGAUGUGGCUGAGAGCUCCAGAUUUCUUUUUUUGUUGUUGUCAAAUUGUGUUUUCUAAAGUCAAGAAUGAACCCAGUUAAGCUCUAACUGACCGAUGUCUUCAGCCCUAAUUCUGCAUCCCUGACUGUAGCAUCCAGGUAUUUAGAGUAACUCAUUCAUGAACGUUCUCUGUUUAGUCCAACCUCUUCCAGAGUCUAAAUGGAGGGACGCUGAGUGAAAACAACCAGGGUAAAAAAAAAAAAAAAAAAAAAACAAAGUCCAGAAAGCAAUGUAUGUGGAAAGGCUCUUUUUCCUUUCUUCCACUUUUGCUGCUGAGGCUCCUGUCCAGGUUCCAGCGUGUCGACUAUCAGUGUGUCGUAAGGCUUGUGAGGGUUUGAGGUGGAAACCAGGCACGUGUGGAAUAGAAAUGUGACUGAUAUUUCAGGUUUAGAGGAACAAAACAAGAUGUUUCUCCAACAACAGCAAAGACAGUAGCACAGUUCCAACUAAAUCACAUCUAACAGAAAUGUUCUCAGGGUCCAUGGGACAACAUUUCACCAAACCAUUGACAGCAAAACGUUUGGGAGGAACAAACAGACAGCCUUUUUUUUUUUUUUAAACUAGCGGUUAAAUGAGCAAAGGAUUAGAACAGCUUUGGAGGAAUGAGGUGCUUGUGUACUUUGUCUACCUCUCCACAGACACCUGCCUCUAAACCUAUAAGUCCUGAAUUACAUUUUGUGGUGUGAAUACUAAUGAGAUACUGUCAUAGUCCGUCCACCGGAGAUGUCUUCCACACGCCUUCCUCCACUGAGUCAGCACUGAGUCCAGAGUCCCGUAUUCUGAGACUCGGUCAACACGCUCACCGUCAUAUUUCACCGUGCAUUCCUUGACUUUUAUUUUGUAGGGCCUACUGUUUAUAUAUAGCUUUCCUGACACGUGAUGCAACAUUAAUAACAAUUUUGAAGAGUAUGCAAUUACAUAAGGCACAUUUGUAUGAUGCUUUCACACCUUGUCAUUCUUUCUUAAAACACAGAAUCACAUUUAAAAGUGCAUUUUCUUCUGUCCAUUAGGUGUAUUUUAUUCUAAUGCAAAGGACCAGAUGUUAAGGAGUUACUGAACUGUUAGGCUGCACAUAAAGUAACCCAUUAGAGCCGUUGAGCUGCCACAGGCCUGAAUAUUAUGCAUAUCGAGGCCUGUACUGAUUGCAUAGUUGUUAACCAAGUGGCUACUUAACAAAGGGAUUUACUGUAUCUGACAGAGUUUGGGUGACUAUAUAUUGUGUGUGUUUGGGAUAUAAAUGGAGUGUUAAAAAGUUUUUUAAAACAUGGAUUUUCAUUUCAGCAUCACUUGAAAUAAAUUGCAAUUCAAACUAAAA